UAACAAUGCAGCGAGUGUCCAACUUUGUGCUGCAUUUCUGAUCCUGCUGCAGUCUGCGGAGAAAAUGGAGGCUGGUUUCAUCAUAUUUACCCUCUUUCUCCGUCCUCACUGAGCUCCUCGGGUUUUUCUACGCACUCAUCAACCGAGAAACAGGAUUUACUCUCAAAACCGAGCUUAUUCCCACUCCUUCUAUCCCAUGGCGGAGACUGGCAGCAUCAUGGUCUGGCUGCGCGGCGCCCUCGUGACCGGCUGCAUUUCCUGGAAUAAGCUGGAACCUGAGCCUUGAAAGCCACACCAUUGCAUGCCUGUAGGACCUCACCUUCAUCCAGCAUCUACAGAAUCUCCAGAAUCACAAAGACAGACACAAACAAACAAACAGAUUACUCCCAAAUCUUGGCUCCUGUUUUUUUCCCAGCCAGUUUAAAAGGAUCUUUUUUGGAGGGAGUUUUUCUUGGUGUGCUUCCCUUUUUAGAGUAGGUGCCUGCCCUGGGCACUGAGGCCAUGAGGCCCAAGACUUUCCCAGCGGCCCCGUAUGUGGGCAACACUCGGCAGAGGCUCCUGGAGAUCAAGGAGGGUCUGAAGCAGCCUGCCAAGCUGGUGAGCCAGGCGCUGCACGGCGGCAGCUCGCGGUCCGACGGCAGCAGAGCGGCCGACUGCAAGAGCGGGAAAGACGCGGCCAGCCGGCAGCAGCAACUCAGACCCCCGCAGAAGUUCAACAACUACCAGAAUGCCCUGCGAGAAAUCCGCAAGUCCCUCAGGCCGUUCGAGUUUGGCCCUUCUUCCGGGUCGGGGCACCCUGCAGGGCCCGGGGAGGUGAACCGGCAGAUGCUGCAGGAGUUGGUGAACACCGGCUGUGACCAGGAGAUGGCGGUGCGGGCGCUGAAGCAGACCGGAAGCAGGAACAUCGAAGCGGCCUUAGAGUACAUCAGCAAAAUGAGUUACCUCGACCCUCGCAAUGAACUCAUCGUCCGCGUCAUCAAGCAGACUUCACCAGGAAAAGCUGGGAUGCCAAACUCGAUGGACCACCGCCCUGCGUUAGAGGCUCAAGGUGAGGCUGGGGGCCUGUCUCCCUACCACCCGAUGUACGAGGGUGCAGGAGGCUACGGCCCUGAGGGGGAGAUGUCCAGACCCUACAUGAGCGCUCCCCCUGUAAUGAACUACAUGAUGCCCCCGUCUGGUGCACCUCAGGGCCCGGCCAUGGGAAACCCGAUGGGACGUCCUCCCAGUAUGGGCUCCUACCCCCCAGUGAUGGCCCCGCAGAACAACCCCGCCAACAACAUGUACCCCCCAGGGGCCCAGCAGAAGGGCUACCCGGGCGGGAUGGAGCAGCACGGGCCCAUGAUGAGCUACAACGUCCCGGGCCAGCCGCUGCAGCUCCAGCCCCCGCCACCAGGGGGCCCCGUCCCCGGCCCCCACUACGACUACGGUCACGGCAGGCCUCACAUGAUGGAGCCCUCGGGGUACGGAGUCAAGAGGACCGCCUCCUUCCAGAACAAGAUGGCCCCGCCCCCCAUGGCGCCCCAAGACAACUACGUCAACAUGCAGGGGAAGAACAUUCCAGGGGGAGGAGGGGGAGGGUACCCCGCUAACCUGUACCUGCCCCCCCACUCACACCCACGCCAGGCCUCCCCCACCUCCCAUCAGGUCCACAUGAUGUCCCGCUCCCCAGGCGGCGUUGCAUCCAUGGGCCCCGACUUCUCCGAUAUGCCCCAGGGCUUGAUGACACCAUCCAGGGCCAGCUUGAACCUGGACCUCUACGAGCAUCACUGGGCGGGGCCUCCAGGUCCUGAAGGAGCCCCUCAAGCCAGGCAGACCCAGCCUCAAGGCCCAUUCAGGGGGGAGGUGCGAGUCCCCAGCAGAACCAACUCCUUCAACAGUCGCUCUGCAGGGCCAAAUGGUGUUCGACCUGCGAUGGCUGCACCUCCAUCAGCCGGCAAACAGGACCCCUCGUUGGGCCCUCCGAACACCAUCACAGCCGUAACAUCCCCGCCCAUCCAGCAGCCUGUGAAGAGCAUCCGCGUGAUGAGGCCGGAGCCCAAAACAGCUGUGGGGCCCUGUCACCCCAGCUGGAUGACGGCUCAGGAUGCUGGGGAGCCGCUGGCCUACAUGCCGGAGGAGACCUACUCCCUGGAGCCGGCUCAGGAGCCCCGCUGCCCGCCGCCUCCAUACCCCAAAAACCUGCUCAUGUCGGGGCCAGAGGAAGCAGUGAUGUGUAGCGCUCAGGAUCACAGCAGCCCUGCAAACAGAAGCUCACGCGGCGGCAGCGGGGGGAGCGGGAAGACCGAGGAGAGCCAGCAAGUGAAGGAGAAGACGAAGGUGGGCAAGGGAGAGAAAGCGGUGAAAGACAAGAAGCAGAUCCAGACCUCCCCCGUCCCCGUGAGGAAGAACGGACGGGAUGAGGAGAAGAGGGAGUCGCGCAUCAAGACCUACUCGCCUUUCGCCUUCAAGUUCUACAUGGAGCAGCACAUAGAGAACGUGAUGAAGACGCACCAGCAGAAACUGAACCGCCGGCUUCAGCUGGAGCAGGAGAUGUCCAAGGCCGGCCUGUCGGAGGCAGAGCAGGAGCAGAUGAGGAAGAUGCUGAACCAGAAAGAGUCCAACUACAACAGACUGCGCCGGGCCAAGAUGGACAAAGCCAUGUUCAUAAAACUCAAAACUCUGGGCAUCGGUGCGUUUGGUGAAGUGUGUCUGACGCGUAAAGUGGACACGGGAGCACUUUAUGCCAUGAAAACCCUGCGGAAGAAAGAUGUCCUCAACCGCAACCAGGUGGCACAUGUGAAAGCAGAGCGCGACAUCCUGGCGGAGGCAGACAAUGAGUGGGUGGUGCGUCUCUAUUACUCCUUCCAGGACCGCGACAGCCUCUACUUUGUCAUGGACUACAUCCCCGGAGGAGACAUGAUGAGCCUCCUCAUCAGGAUGGGCAUCUUCCCCGAACACCUGGCGCGCUUCUACAUCGCGGAGCUGACGCUGGCCAUCGAGAGCGUCCACAAGAUGGGCUUCAUCCACCGUGACAUCAAGCCCGACAACAUCCUCAUCGACCUGGACGGACACAUCAAGCUCACUGACUUCGGUCUGUGCACCGGCUUCCGCUGGACGCACAACUCCAAGUACUACCAGAAAGGGAGCCACGUCAGACAGGACAGCAUGGAGCCCAGUGACUUCUGGGACGAUGUGUCGAACUGUCGCUGCGGGGACCGGCUGAUGACUCUGGAGCAGCGGGCGAACCGUCAGCACCAGCGCUGCCUCGCUCACUCCCUAGUGGGAACUCCCAACUACAUCGCACCGGAAGUGCUGCUGCGCAAAGGUUACACCCAGCUGUGUGACUGGUGGAGUGUGGGAGUGAUCCUGUUUGAGAUGCUGGUGGGACAGCCGCCCUUCCUGGCCCCCACACCUACCGAGACUCAGAUAAAGGUGAUAAACUGGGAGAGCACCCUGCAGGUUCCUGCGCAGGUUAAACUGAGCCCCGAGGCCGUGGACAUCAUCGGGCGUCUCUGCUGUUCCGCGGAGGAUCGAGUUGGGUCAAACGGCGCCGGCGAGAUCAAGUCUCACCCCUUCUUCUCCCAGGUGGACUUCUCCAGCAAUCUGCGGCAGCAACCGGCACCCUACCGGCCCAAGAUCGCCCACCCGAUGGACACCUCCAACUUCGACCCCGUGGAGGAGGAGGGCGUCCCCGGGGCGUGGAGCGACAGCGAGGACAGCACCCGGGCGCUGGACAUCCUCUGCUCUCCGCACGGGAAACACCCAGAGCACGCCUUCUACGAGUUCACCUUCCGCAGAUUCUUCGACGACAACGGCUGCCCCUUCCGCUACCCGAAACCGCCCGAGGUCAGCGGGUCGACGCCAAGCACGGGCCCAGAGGAGGACGAUGAACUGGAGGAAGAGGAAGAUGACGACGAUGAGGAUGAUGAUGAGGAAGGAGAGCAGGGGGAGGGGUGUGAGCCGGUGUACGUGUAGAGCUGCAGUCUGACUUUCUGAGCGUCUUUUACGUCUAUUUAGCUCGUGACAUUGCUCUUCUCCUGUGUGCGUGUGCGUGUGUGUGUGUGUGUUGAUGCAUAUCUGCCAUGUGUGAUUGUUACAGGAGCAAGACUGGUGUACAUCACCCCCUUGUGGAAACUAUAGGGCGUUCACAAUGACUUAAAAUACAAAACUCCCCUCAUCCAGGACCAAGAGACGACAUUCUGUGUGCGUAAAGGGUGAAUCGCUUAGAAAGGAUGAAAGGAUUGAAUCAUGGGAAUGUGAGGAUGUUUGGAUCACAGACGAGAUGUCAAAUUCGAGGACUGCUUCUGGGUCUUUCCAGCGGUUUCUUGUCCCAUUCCUUCCACCCUUGUGUCUUAUGGACAACUGAAAACCCUCCGCGGUGAUCUUCUGACACAGGAGCUGCUUUAAACCCCCAUAUCAGACACAAUGUGACACCAGUUUACCCUUAGACAGUGAAGUAGGGGGGAGACUCAGAAAGCAACACGCCUCUUUCACAGCUGCUGCAAAAUAAGCUACAUUGCAUUCACGUGCGCACACACACAAACACACACGCAUCAGUACAGUUUGGGGCAGAUAAAGAAAUCUCUGCAGGGAGAUUUCAGUGUCAAUAUUUCAAGACGUUGGCUAGAAAUUCUCCCAGAUUCCUCUGAGAAACGGCCACUUGCUUUUUGAAGCAGAUAAAUCUUGAAAUGUUGGAAUUAAAUUAACUAAAUGAAAUUUGUUUAGUUGCAUCCGUCUUAUGUAUCCACAGCUGCCUCAUUCUGUGCCAACUGUAGUUCACCUUGAUGUUUUGUCCUUAAGACGGAGCCGGAUCCUUCUUCGCUCAGAGGUUACUGUUACAAAUAGCUUUGUGUUUUUAAGAUGCUUUGUUUUAUUCUAACUAACUAUUUCAAAGUGAACCUACAAAAGCAUUUUAACCCACAAAAAACACGCGUAGAGUUCAGAUAAAGAUCGAGCCUUAAUCUGUUUUACUCUAAUCAAAGACAGAGUUUAUUGAACCUGACGUUCAGUGGACUUCUGCUCGUAAAUCACACGAAGAAUUGGAUCAAGAAAGCAAGAAAAAUGUGUUUAAAUUAUACUCUUGUUUACCGAGGAGGCAGACAACACCCAGUGCUUUGUUUUAAGGAACAAACGAAUGCGUUGAAAAUCUGAGAAAUCAAAGCCAGACCCGGCCAGGACUGAACCUGCCGGGUCAGACGGUGCUGAGUUGGUUUCUCACUGAGACUUAAAGCUCUCACACACACAUAUACACACACACAAACACUCACACACAAAGAUGCACACUUUUACAGCUAUUUUGCAAAGAUGAGUUGCAUUGUAACUUAACCCGCCUCCUCGUAUCUUCUGGAGGGAAACACACACACAUGCAACAUGUUCUUACAACAGCAAACAUGUGAUAGUAUGACUAUGUGCAAUACAAAAAAAAUACAUUAUAUAUAGUUUUCUAAACACUUAAUAUCCUUUUUUUGUACUGAAAUGUACAAAUAUAUUGGUUUAUAUAUAUAUUUUCUCUUUUCAGUUACAACAUGCUGCUUAUUAUUGUGGUUAAUAUUAUUUACAUUAUUAUUAUUGUUGUUUAUUACCUGGUUUUUUUUCUUUUGUUGUGGCUUAAAGAAGUGUGCUUGGGUUUUGAAAGUAAUGAGCCGUGUGCCUUUUUUUCUAAUUGAAUGUUGGGAGUGCGUGUUGCCGCUCGAUGACGAAGGUGAUGAUGAAGACGAUCAGUGUUUUUGCAGAACAUCGAUGGCGGACUCUUCCUCUCCGGCUGCCGGGCUGGUCCUUAACGCAGGAGAGGAGGAAUCAGAAAGAGACGGGAGAUAAAAGUUAGACCAGCGAGGCAGGAUGGCUUCAGGAAAUGUAAUCUGAAAAAGAACAAAUAGCUUUCUCUCUUUUAUACAAUUACAACAAAGAGGUUGUGUUUGGUACAUUUUCCUUAUUUAUCCGAAAUGACCACAAGUGUGAGUGUUGUUUAACUUUGUGCCAUGUUGUUUGUUUUGACGCUAUCAUCCAGUACCUUCUCGCUUAUUGACAAUCAGUAAACGGCGACUGCUCUCUCCGUGUCAAACUGAACUGUUUGAACACCAAACCGUUCAGUAUUCUGAAUUUGACUGGGAAAUGCUGAAGAAGUCUGAACUUUUUUAAGUGAUUCUUUUGACGCAGAACGAUGAUGGAAAACGUGAGGAUCAGAUUUGUUACAGAAGAUUUUUUUUUUUUUUAAACUUGCCUGACAAUGUAUUGAAAGUUUGUUUCUCUGUAAAUGUGCCGUGCCUUGUGUGUAAAGUGAGCAGCACAAUCUUAAAAUAUUGCCUUCUUAUUAUCAUCUUUUUCACAAUCCUCUUUUGCCUGUUUUUAUUCUCUCAUUUACAGCAGUUCAACAUCAACUCUGGCUUUAUUUACACGCAUUAACUAUUUUUCUAGUCAAUAACUGACAGUAAAUAGACUUAGGCAGUAGUGUAGGUAAAGUGGUCAAACAUGUUAAUGUAACUUAUCCUAUAUGGUUGCAAUAUAAUGAUUUAGGAAAGUGAAAAAGGGCUUUUCAACACUGUAAAAUAGUGACACUUGGAUAAUUUUUGCAUUUUUAAAGCUCAAGUUUUACAUUUCUUAUCAUCGAUUGGCAGAUUUGUUGCAUAAAUACACCAAAAAAACAAUAACACAUGCAACUAUCUUUUUGUUGUUGCCAUAAAUGUGUUUAACAGGGUUUGAAAUGUACUAAAGCUAGUAUCAUGCAUGUAAACAAAGCCAGUGUUGUCUGUGAGCUUCCCAGAUAAUCCAGUAUGGAUGAAGUGCAUGGCUGAGGGCUCCAUCAUGGAGGUUAAAGGCAGACUGGUGUCGCUCUUUUUAUCUUCCCCAUGCAGCUUUCCUCUCAGGUGGUCCAGACGUCCACUUCUCCAAACCCCCUCGUUGCCAAUCCACGUCGACCAGAACGGUCUGUUUUGUGAAAAAUAGCUUUAUAAGGAGAGUCGCUGCAGAGUGUGUGUGAGGUGUUUCUGUUUCUGAGGUUAGAGAGUGAUGACUGACAAUCUUUGACUGACUUGAUAUCUGAUUUCUUCACUUGUGUAUCCUUUUUUCAUUUUGUAUUUUUACUCUAAGGAGUCUGUUGUUGUCUCUGAUGCUCCUUGAUGUAUGAUACACCUCUGUUACUCUUGAAUUUAUAUUUAUACAGAUAUACAUAUUUUUUUGUAUCUUUUUUUCUCCCCUUCUUUUUCAACUUCCCUUGUGCUAAUGUUCAAAAAACCAUGUCUACGCAGUAUUAUCGACGAUGUGAUGUGGACAGCUAUCUCUUUUUUUACAUUUAUGUAUGAAUUGAGAAUUUGUAAAAAUGCUUUCACAGCCCUUUGUGUGUAAAAUGUAUGUAUAAAUUAAAUUAACCAACUUCUUGGACUUGGCUUUA